AAAAAAAAAAAAGAAAUACCAAAAAGAAAGACUGGGAGAUAUAUGGGAUUCGGUGUAGACAUUUGUGUAAUUAGAGUCCUAGAAGAAAAGGAGAGAGAGUGUGUAGCAUAAACAAUAUUUGAAGAGCAAAUAAUCUAAGGAUUUAAAAACUGAUAAAAGACAUAGAGGCACAGAUAAAUACAAAGAAAGUUACAACUAGACCCAUCAUUGUAAAAUAGGUAAAAAACAACUAAAGACAAAAACUGUAAAUGAAGUUAGUAUAAAAAAAUAAUAAAACACAUUUUGUUCAGGGGCACAAAAUAAGACAGCCAAAUUUUCAAUAAAAACAAUGGAAGCCAAAAAAUAAUGAAAUGAUAUCUUUAAAAGGCCAAAAGAAAGGAUGUGGCUGGAGUUUGAGGUGCACAGGGCCAGUGACGCUGCAGACCUGAGACCUGAAGCAGCCUAGAGGCAGUGAAAAAUAGCCCUGAACGCCUGCAAUAAAAAAUGGCCUCUAAUAAAACUACAUUGCAAAAAGUGGGAAAGAAACAGAAAGGAAAGAGUAAAGUAGAAGAGGCAGAGCCGGAAGAAUUUGUGGUGGAGAAAGUAGUAAAUGGGAAGAUGGAGUAUUUCCUGAGGUGGAAGGGAUUUACAGAUGUUGACAAUACUUGGGAGCUUGAAGAAAAUUUAGAUUGUCCAGAGUUAAUUGAAGCAUUUCCUAAUUCUCAAAAAGCUGGUAAAGAAAAAGACGGUACAAAAAAAGACUCUUUAUCCAACAGUGAAUCUGAUGAUGGCAAAUCCAAGAAGAAAAGAGGUGCUGCUGAUAAACCAACAGGCUUUGCCAGAGGUCUUGAUCCUGAACAAAUAAUUGGUGCUGCAGACAGCAGUGGAGAAUUCACAUUUCUCAUGAAAUGGAAAAAUUCAGAAGAGGCAGAGUCGGCGUUGGCAAAGGAGGCAAAUACGAAGCGUCUUCAAAUUAUAAUUGCAUUUUCUUUAUUUUAAAGUUCAUUUCUUUUGAGACAGAGAGAGAGAACAAGUGGGGGAAGAACAGAGAGAGAAUCC